AUGGCCGUGUGCACAUACAACACUCUCUUCCGCAUUCGGCUCUUCAACUACUUCCAUCUCACCCCCAACCACCACUCCGACGGCACCAGCCUGCUCUUCAGCGCACUAUGUGUAAGUCGUUUAACGCCGGCCCUGAUAUUCAACUUUUUGAGCAUCAAUCAGUUGGACGGCAAUUCAAACAGCCUGGUGUCAGAGGAAACUGCCUUCACACAGAUCAUGGGCCACAUGGACAUAGUGCCGUUCAUAGCCAAUGGCUUCAUGAUCUUCUUCCCUGUGGUGGUGGUGUUGUUUGCGCUGGCGGCGUUCUUCCGCGUCUUCAACCGCUUCUUCUAUGACGAGGACUUGACCACAGAUCUGAUUGAAGAGGGUCUCUCGGUGGUGCGGGUUG